AGCAGCAAAUAGAAAAUCUUUGAUUCUUGCAUUGGCUGCAAAAUCAAACAAACACCAUGAUUUGAUUGACCCCUGUUUCACCCAUUUUCGCCACGCCCCUGCUCAAUCCAUCAAUCAAAAUUCCCAUUCACAAUCAACGGCCACAAAAUCAUUGCCUCCCAAACUUUCACGCACCUGACCCGAACCCAAAAACAGAGCGACAGAGAAGUUUUAAAACCCACCCACACACAGACACAGCCAUUGCUUCCGGACUGUGAAGAAACAAACUGGCAACAAUCGACAUGGAGGAGAGGCCUGAGACGGAGCUGAUUUCGAUUCCAGCGACCCCACGGGUGUCGACGCCGGAGAUUCUGACGCCGACGGGGCAGCGCUCGCCGAGGCCGGGUUCCAAGGAGGCCAAGUCGUCGACGGCGUGGACUCCGACGUCGUUCAUAUCGCCGCGGUUUCUGAGCCCAAUCGGAACGCCGAUGAAACGGGUGCUGAUUAAUAUGAAGGGUUACUUAGAGGAAGUGGGGCAUCUCACAAAACUCAACCCUCAGGAUGCUUGGCUUCCCAUCACCGAAUCCCGCAAUGGGAACGCUCACUACGCUGCGUUUCAUAACCUCAACGCCGGAAUCGGCUUUCAGGCCCUGCUUUUGCCCGUCGCCUUCGCCUUCCUCGGCUGGAGCUGGGGAAUACUAUCACUAACCAUAGCCUACUGCUGGCAACUUUACACCCUAUGGAUUCUGGUUCAACUUCAUGAAGCGGUGCCAGGCAAAAGGUACAACAGAUAUGUGGAGCUUGCUGAAGCAGCAUUUGGGGAAAGGUUGGGAGUGUGGCUUGCUGUGUUUCCUACUGUCUAUUUAUCAGCAGGAACUGCUACAGCCUUGAUUCUUAUAGGAGGAGAGACAAUGAAACUUUUUUUCCAAAUUGUUUGUGGGCCACUCUGUUCAUCAAAUCCUUUGACAACAGUGGAGUGGUACCUUGUGUUUACAUCUCUCUGUAUUGUUCUUUCUCAACUGCCAAACCUCAAUUCAAUUGCUGGACUUUCCCUUAUUGGAGCUGUGACUGCCAUCACUUACUCCACCAUGGUCUGGGUCCUCUCUGUUAGCCAGCAGAGGCCUCCGACGGUCUCGUACGAACCCCUCUCGAUGCCAUCGGUUUCUUCUUCCGUCUUCUCUGUCAUGAAUGCACUUGGAAUUGUAGCCUUUGCCUUCAGAGGUCAUAACUUAGUUUUGGAAAUUCAGGCAACAAUGCCUUCAACUUUUAAGCACCCUGCUCAUGUUCCCAUGUGGAGAGGAGCCAAAGUUGCCUAUUUCUUCAUUGCAGCUUGCCUGUUCCCAGUUGCUAUUGGAGGAUUUUGGGCAUAUGGGAAUCUUAUGCCUUCGGGAGGGAUGCUCAAUGCCUUGUAUGCAUUUCACAGCCAUGAUAUUCCCAGAGGGCUUCUUGCCAUCACUUUCCUUCUAGUUGUAUUCAAUUGUUUGAGCAGCUUCCAAAUAUACUCGAUGCCCGUUUUCGACAGCUUCGAAGCAAGCUACACAAGUCGCACGAACCGCCCUUGCUCGAUCUGGGUCCGUUCUGGUUUCCGUGUUUUCUAUGGAUUUGUCAACUUCUUCAUAGGAGUAGCACUUCCUUUCCUCUCCAGUUUGGCUGGUCUGCUAGGAGGACUCACUCUUCCAGUCACAUUUGCUUACCCUUGCUUCAUGUGGGUGCUCAUAAAAAAGCCUACAAAGUUCAGUUUCAAUUGGUAUUUCCACUGGAUAUUGGGCUGGCUAGGCAUUGCUUUUAGUUUGGCUUUCUCAAUUGGAGGAAUCUGGAGUUUAGUCAACAAUGGACUAAAGUUGAAGUUCUUCAAACCCAGCUGAUCCAAAAACAUCAAGAACAGCACAAGAAAAUAUAGCAAGAAUCAACCUGGAGUUGAAUUUCUAAGCAAAUGAGAUUGUCCUGAAGGUGUGUAUCGUGCUAUGUACUCGAAAUAAUCGAUGCCAGAAGUAUCGGUAGUUAAAAGUUUGUACAAUUUUCUAUGGGGACAUGGAAAAUCCGGGUCGUUUAUUUGUCGAUGAUGUUUCAUGGUUUCGUUUCCAAUCUGAAAAUCUAUUGUUAGUUCGAAAA